AUGAUUCUCUCUAAAAGUUCAUUCUUGUGGACUAUUUUAUGCAUACUCUCUUUAUUGAAUAGAUUAGCAUUUAUAUCUGCAUCACCUGUCAAAAAGGAUUCUUAUGUUCCAGAAACGAAAACUUUUUAUCUUCAUCUUUACAAAGCAAAACUUUCUCCAGAUGGAUUUGAACGAGUAGUUUGGACUGUAAAUGGUGCCAUUAUUGUCAAAGACCCAGAUGAUCCAUAUCAGAAUGACUAUGAUGAAGAUGUGGUAGUUCUUCUAUCAGAUUGGUAUCAUAACGAAACAUCUACUUUAUUAAGUUAUUAUUUGUCUCCAGAAAGUGAGGGAACUGAACCACAGCCCGAUAAUGGAUUAAUUAAUGGAUUGAAUAAUUAUAAUUGUACAUGGGCACCCGUUUCCUAUAAAUGCGUUGAUAAUGCUGACCUUUCAAAGUUUAAUUUCGUUCCUGGAAAGAGAUAUCUUUCGAAUUAUUGGAUGAGAGCAGAUUUACAAAUUAAAUGUUAUUAUGAUUCACCGAUUGAAAUCGUACAUCUUAACCCUUACGUAAACGGCAUAGUUCACUACGAGGGUGCUAAUCAUCUUAAUCCCACAACAAAGGGAUGGGCAGACAAUCUUAAUCGUCUCAAUAAUUGUAUCGAUUUGAACACUUCAAAUCUUAAACCACUUUUCUUGGAAAAUGUCCCCCAAAAAGCUGACCAGACCAUAUAUCUUGACGUUACUUUUGAAGAAGAUGCCUCUAAUAUUAACAGAGGAAGAUUUAAUGGUUCCUCAUACGUAAUUGAUGAAAACAAUCCGACUAUAAAUCAAGUCAUGUUUAAAAACCAAUCUACAUUUAAACCAAAUCAAAAUGUCUAUGGCCAAUUUAAUGUUUCCGAAGUUAUUGAUAUUGUGGUUUAUAGUGAAUAUCAAAAUUUUUCUAAUUGA